CAACUGCCUGCGAGUGACAGCGCGCGCUCCUCCGGCCAUGUGACGAGAGGCAGGGCUGCCCGGGUCUGCCCCCUCUGCACGUGACGGCGGUUUCUGCCUGCCUUUGGGGGGCUUCAGGCUCGCGCCGCCGCCAUCCAUCCUCUGCACCCAGCCGACGGGCGGAUGUGACGUUCUGGGCCGCUUGGUUGCUGCGCAGUUCUCCGGAGAAGAGCGACCGAGCAAGACGGAAAGGCGCAGGCGGGAGGGACUCGUAGUUGUGGUAGCGGCAGUUCCAGGCGGCACCAGCCCCAGCCCAGGCUCGGCCCCCUCCCGCCUCAGCCCCCGAGAGCGAGAGAGCGACAGCCGGGCCGGCGCCGCCGCCGAGACGAAGCGCCGCAGUCUGUUACUGAAAUCAUGAAUCCUGUUUAUAGUCCUGGAUCUUCUGGGGUUCCCUAUGCAAAUGCCAAAGGAAUUGGUUAUCCAGCCGGAUUCCCAAUGGGCUAUGCAGCUGCUGCUCCUGCCUAUUCUCCUAACAUGUACCCUGCAGCAAAUCCUACAUUCCAAACAGGUUAUACACCAGGCACACCAUAUAAAGUCUCCUGUUCACCCACCAGUGGUGCAGUGCCUCCCUAUUCUUCAUCACCCAACCCCUACCAAACUGCAGUGUAUCCGGUUCGAAGUGCCUAUCCACAGCAGAAUCCAUAUGCACAGCAAGGCACUUACUACACACAGCCUUUAUAUGCAGCACCACCCCACGUAAUUCAUCACACUACAGUUGUGCAGCCCAAUGGAAUGCCAGCAACCAUGUAUCCUGCACCAAUUCCACCUCCCAGAGGAAAUGGUGUCACUAUGGGAAUGGUGGCUGGGACCACAAUGGCAAUGUCAGCAGGUACCUUGUUGACAACACAUUCCCCAACUCCUGUAGCUCCACACCCAGUUACAAUGCCCACUUACCGGGCUCCAGGAACUCCAACCUAUAGCUAUGUGCCCCCACAAUGGUGAUUACCAGGCAGUGUUUGAAGAUGGGAGAUAUGCAAUCAAGUAACUGAGGUUUAAAAGUUGGUGCUGAAGCCCUCAUGCCUCCAACCAGGACUUUUCUUUUGAAUGCUUGCGACCCUUUGCUAAACACUAAUUCCAGAUCACUGAAGAUUUCCCAGUGCUGCAUAUCUUACAUCUUGGAACUCCAGCAGUUAGUCUUAAAGCAAAUCCUGUUUUGUGGACUGUCUUGCAAUUUUUUAGCUAAUUAUAAUGAUUAAAGGGAGUAUAAAUUUAUCGAUCAUAUCUAGUUCAAUGCAUGUCUAAGAAACACACAAAGCUUGCUCAAUCUACCUGCUGUGACUGAUGCAAAAACUGUCAUAUGCAAAAUCCAAAGGAGCCGAAAAGUAUUUUACAAUUUGUAUCACUAAUGCACUGUUGUAAUGUAUGCAGGGUCUUAAAAGGUAGAAUUGUGAAAGUGAUUUUGUUCAUAGAAAACCAUAAUAUACAUUAGUAAGUGCUUUAACCUUUUAAGGUUGAUGAAGGCACCAGUUAAAGGGGGCACAAUUCAGUGAUAUUUUCCUUUCCUAGUUCAGUGACUGGAAAAUGAGUUUGUAGUUUGUAGAAAUCUUGUAGGAUCAGUUUACCAUGCGUACCUUUUUUCCAUUUCCAUUUUUUUGGACUCAGUGUUAAUGGACAUUCUUAAGGACAAGAAUGACAUUUUACAGGAAAUGUGUGGUUAUCAGUGAACAAAGUAAGUAGCCUGUCUUGCUCUCUAAAUCAUCAAGGUGUACUUAUUCCUUUAGAAUGUUGGUGGUACAGAAGGGUUUACCUCCUAGAAAAAUCACAGUUUUAAAUGAUUGAUGAUGUGUCCAGAAGAGAUUUCCACACUGCCAGUAAAAUCAAAUUUUCUUUGGCUUCAGAUUCCACCCCACCCCCAAGAGUUUGUACAGUCCCAGUCAGCUAAAAAUUUGCAGUUUGAACCAGCUUGCUUUUGUAAAAUGUACAAAUGCCAGAAUGUUUCAUUGUCAAUUGGUAGGAAUUCAGCAAUGUGAUCUGAAGAAAGCUUUGGUAUAUUAAAGGGGAACAAACCAUUUUAAACUGUUUUUAUUGGCUUGUUUUCCUUGCAGCAUGAAGUGUGAGUGAAGCAUAUUAGGGAUUGUCAGGCUGUAAGAAUUUUUCCAAAAACUACUUAGAACUAAACUAGAAAGUGAUUAAGUACAGAGCUGUUCAUGGGUGAUAAUAUGUUUAGCAUAAUCUUCUGUUUACCCCCCCCCCCCCCUUUUCUUUUAAAACCUCCUAAAUUGCAUUUGGAAAACAAGUGGAUUAAGAAAGCAGAGGCAGUAUUUCAUUGCAACAAAAUAUUUCUAAACGCUGCCUGCAACUUUUAAUUUUUACAGAAGGACCUCCAUCAGUGCUGUAGGAAUAUAGGGCUAGUCUUGGAACCCAUUUAGAUACCAAAAUUAUUGUGGGAUUCUCCCCACCCCUAUUUCAGUGCUAAAUGCAAUCAAGGGCUUUCUUUAAAUUGGCAUCUCCUAAGAAUACAGUAAUAGGACGUUGUUUCCCCAAUACUUCCUGCCUGCAAUAAAUUGUGCGGUAAAUGCUUAUAAAAUGUUGUUCCCUUUUUAAAGUUGAUAUUUGUAUGUUAGGGGCUGUAGCGUUGGUAGUUAUUCACGAAGGUUUUUUAAAAUUGUGGAAUUGAGUAUUUCUUUGCUUUAUUUGGGGCUAUCAGUUUUUAAAUUGGAUUUGGCAGCUACUUGUCCAGGUAGUGUGCAUGCUGAUUUUUUUUUUUUUUUAAUACUGCCGCCCCAAGCUUUCCCAGGGCAGGAGGCUUCUUUCUGCACCUCAAAUCCCAAUAGAGGUCAGGCCUUGACCUUUAGGGGAAAAAAAACCAGUAAGCACUCUUUAUUUUUUUUUCUUAAGGUUUUAUAUAGUUUCUUUUCCGUGGAUCGCCAUUCUAGACGACCCCCUUGAUUAGCACAGCAAAGUUAAAAUAAACAAAAACCCAAGAGCUAUCUUCGAAUUUUUACUCUUGGGCACUUGUUGCAGCUUAGAAAGUUCCAUACCCACAGAGCAGAGAAUUUCCUACCCCUCUCAUUCAGUCUGUACUGCUUUGGACAAGUCUGUUUGGCUAUUCUGUUUGUAAAAUUGGUUUACAAUACUGAUUUAUAAAGUGCUCCCUGGACUAGUAGUAGUCAUUCCAUAUGGACAAUUGUCCCAUUUAGCAAGUUGAGAAGUAAAAUGUCUUGCCACGUACAAUAGUUGUGAGCUUUUUGAAAUAUGGCUGAAAACAAGGGUAAGUUCUUCUGCCUUCAGUCUCUGACUUAAAGACCCCGAAUUCUUCAGCUAAUGCAGCACUUUGUGAAUCGUAAGGACAAAUUAUAAUUUAUUCUUCUCAAGCUUCAGAUUUCUCAGUGCUUCCUCUUACUUUUUGAACACCAUAGAAGUAACAGCCUUUAGGUGAUCUCACUCAAGCACUUUUUUCUAAGUUGUGUUAUGGGAUUCAUCUAAAAGGGAGGAAUCGUACUUUUUGCGAAAGGUACUAGGCACCUUCCAGAAAUUCUAAUGGGGGGAGGGGGGAGGGCAUCGGACUGGAGGUGGUUCCAUCCUCCAGUAGACCCAGUAGGGAAGUAACCAAAAGCACAGUGAUGAGGGGGUGUAUAUAGCUUGGUAUAUUGUUGCAAAUAAUAAAAAAGCAUGAAUAUGAAACUGAAAAGUUUGUACUUCAAGUGGGUAAUAGGCAGCAGGGGGUGUUGUGGAAUUCUUUCUCCUGCUGUUUGUUCCAUUACCUAUUUAGAAUUCCUACGGGGUGGGGGAGGGAGAGCGAGAGAGCGUGUGUUUGUGUGUUUCUGUGUGUGUGCGUGAGCAUGUGUGCAGCAAAUCCUCAAAUUCUUAGUAUGUGGCUGCACUGGAGCUCCCCAGAAAGCUUUAAAGGGAGCUGAUGCAGUACAGACAAGGCUCAAAUCAAGCUGCUCUCAAAACGAAUGCAGCCUUUAAAAUAGACACAGAACUGAAUUUUAAAAAUGCACAGCAAUAAGAGAAAAAGGUUUGAUUUCUGGGCUUAAUUUCAAAUGUUAUGUUUUUAAACAAUGUUGAAAGUAUUGUUUAGGAGACAUUCCCAAAGUAGAUAACACAAUAUUCUAAGUGUCUCUCUUAAAACAAUAGCAAAAUAAAGUUGCAUCCUAUGGAAACUUAGUUUGCCCAAGAAACUGGUAGAUGUAGCCAGUGGUGUGUUUAGCACUAACCAACUGACAGGAAGCUAAUGAAACCUCCAUAUUUAAUCCUGGCUAUAAAUGUGUGUAACUUGUAUAGAAGACGUACAGAAAUUCAAAUACUCUGACAAGCUCAUAAAGUAAGCACGAAAGGUGUCUUGAUGACAUGGAGAUAAGGGUGGGGAGAUUCAGUUGAGUUGAAUUCCUGGCACUGAAAAGCCACUUACAAUGCAGCACACUUAAUCUGACUAAAGUGUAUGAUACAACUUUUGUGAAGGGAUAUUCCAGGUCAGCUGGCCUUCACACAGCAGUCUUAAUUUCUGUGGACAAUUUUGAAUUGAUUAGGCAAAUCUUUUUCCUAUUCCUUUUUGGUCUCUAAUGAGAACUGUUCCCCUUGCUUGAGCAUGUGAUUGCAGAAUUAGCUUAAUUUUGCUCUGGUUAAAAUGCAGGAAUCUUCUAUUAUGCUUCUUCUGCACAGAGUAGAAUUCAGUGUUUGUGAAAUCUGUGUUUAUGCGAACUUUGGUUUGCAUGCAGAGCGGUGCUACCAGAAGAGUUAGUGCAAGUGUGUUUUUGUUUUGUUUUUUGUUUUGCUGGCCCCUGAGGCCACCAAAGUAGGGUUCAGCAAUGGGGUCAGGUAGUGCAUCACAGAUAGCCGGACAGGGAGGAUGGAGUUCCCUGGAAACCCUGUAGCCUUUGCAUGGCCAGGGGUCCCUCAGCCCUUGGGAACAGCUUUUGGGCUGCUUUGGGACUUCAGCAAGGAAGUGGGCUGAGGAAAUAGCUUGUCAUCACACUUUUCUGCUAGUGCCACUCUGCCUGCCACCCAUCAAGCAACUACCCAGCAUUUAGUAGCUGCUUCUGGAAAAAGUCAGCAUCAAUUAUAUUUUAAUUCUACCGUUGAUCAACCGUGUCAGUAUAUUAACUUCCUGAGCGUUGUGAGACUCCACAUUCUCUGUUAAGUAACCCAGCUAGAAAACAUUAAAGGAACUGAACCUGCCCCAAUAGUAACCUUUUUUCCUAUUUCCAUCCUAAACACAAAAUCCCAUAUUCAGGGCUCACUUGGAGCUUCUUUGCAAGUGACCUUCCGUAGCGGCCUCAGUUAAGGGGGCAGCUCUGUGGUCAUGUUUAUUUCAGCAUGUGAGGCUGUGACUUCCAUUUGAUAUUAAAGAGGAAUAGUAGCUGUGCAGGCAAGGGUGCGGCAUGGUUACAUUCAAGUGUCUUUUGAUCAGGAUGUUAAGUCUUCAGAAGUGAUUUUAAAAAUGCAAGGUAGAGGUAUAAAAAAUUACAUAAGCAUGUUUUGCAUUAAUAUCUCGAAUGUUCAGACCUCUUGAACUAUUUUCAGGCUAAUGAAGUUUUACAGGAGCUUAAAGUGGGCGAUUCUUUCAAUGGGGUGGGGAGGGCAUCUGAUCCUUUCUAAUGUGAGAAGAAAAUAUGUGUGUAUUGUGGUGUCAGGAGCCAACUUAACAUAUCAAAGUAUUUGGAGUAGUCUAAACCCAAAUUACACAACAUCAGUAUCCAUCUUGACUUUUUCCAGUCUGGUGUGACUUUGAGCACUUAGCAAGCAACCUGGGGAAGCUUCAUUUAGCUUGCUUCUGUACAGACUUGUUUUUAGUAGAAUGGAUUUGUUAGUGGGAUUUUAUUGUAGUGCUAUUAUUGGCUGCCCUUGUGGGGUGAAAAAGGGGAGUGCAUGCAACAGAAGUGCAAGAGGCCCCAGUAAUAGUGUUUGUUAUGAAAUAGGCACAGGUUUCCUUUUUUUAUAUUUUUUUUAAAAAGACUGUCUUAAAGCAGUUGUACUGGUACUUUUUUCCAAGUUUAGGUCAAUGUUGUCUUCCAGAACAAGUUUAAAGCAUCACAUCUGCAUUGAACGAUUGCAUCAACACAUAGGAGUGGCAAUUCCGUUCUGAGCCAAUUGUGUAAAAUUCAUUUUUAUUUUUAUGCAAUCCAAUGAGUAGAUGAGCUCAGAGUUAAAUUCUUAAAAGCACGUUUAUGUAACAGGAAUUGUUAUGUAUUAAUACUUCAGUUUUCAAUAAAGAUUGACUGUGUUGCUUA